AACAGCGAGUGGGGUGUCUCGCUUCCUAGUUCUUCUUUGGCCAGGCUGCGCAGUGUCUGUCAUACUUCCUGAAACACCUGUUUGUCAGUUAGUGGGCACUGGACAGGCACAGCGGAGCAAAUGAGUUACACAAAAACAUGGACGACGAGUCCCUGGAUUACAAUUUAUUCUAAUUCCCUACCUCAUUUUACUGAAAUGGUUCGGCAACAACAUAUGAGUAUACGUUUGAACAUUGUAUUGUUGCUGUAUUUAACGGUUUGUUUUGUGCUGUGCCCUGUGUCAGGCAUAACAGUGAGCUCCCCUGCGGAGGUCCAUUCUGUGAGGGGUGAUGCCGUCACCCUGACUUGCACCUUCACCUCUACCAGCCGAGCCACCAGCCGUAUGUCAGUGGACUGGUCCUACAGGCCUCAGAGCGGAGGCCCUCCGCAGGCGUUCUUCCACUUCUCCUCUCUGGUGUUCCCUCCGCGGGAUGGCCAGUUUAAUGGGCGUGUGAAGUGGCUGGGUAGCCCGGCCCGGGGCGUGGCCUCCAUCCAGCUCCUCAACGCCUCCCUCAGCGACAACGGCACCUACACCUGCUCCGUCAGGAACCCCCCCGACGUCCACGGAUUCCCCACCUCACAGACCGUCCUCACCGUGACGCCCGAAGUGCUCGCGGUUCACUUCUCAGAUGUGGCGGUGCUUUUAGCCUUCAUACUGCUUCCUUCCACCAUCAUCACGCUGGCUCUGCUGGGUCGCAUGUGCUGCCCUCCGAGGGACAAGAGCCAGACCCAGGGUUACCACUCCCCUAUUGAGGUCACACCUGGAGAGGAGCCUGGCUUCAAGCAGAUCCACAGCAAGGAGAAAAACAUGACAUGCUGCCACAUAUAUUUGCUGGAUUCCGACUAUGAGGAUUACUACGUCCACAAAGAGAGUCCUCCGGCUCAGGUAGAGACCAUGGCCGAGUCUCAGUGCUAGAGAUCCCUGGUGGCGGUGGUCUGUAAGAACAGCGGCCCCCUCCAUGCCUUGCCAAUGGGAGGGGUUGAACGGAAUUCUCCCUUCCACUGUUAAAAAUGCCAAGAUUCCUGGACUUGGCUCUGUGGAAGGGGCAGUCUCUCACACACACCUCCCUUCUCUCAUGGCUUGUCCACAGCUGAUUCCGCUGGUGGGAUAAAUGUGAGUCCUGUGCCAGACACACACACACACAUACGUUUAGCACUAUACUCUAAACAUUUCUGGAUGGAUUUUCUUAUUUUGAAGGAGAUGCAUAUAUUAUUAAGUUAUUGUCUGCUUUAUAACUUUGGACAUUUUGAAUAAUUGUUUUUGUACAGCUAUUAUGAGAGUUUUUUUGAACUAUCGGUCUUCUUGGAAUCUAUUGCUAGAAUUGUAGACAAUCUUUACCUGUGGCUACAUCUGCUUCAUUGAGUCCAAUUCAUAUUAUUUUAAACUUGUCUUUAGAGUUAGUGUCACAUAUGAACCCAUUCAUAUGACUACAUUCAGGAGUGGACAUAUUAUGACCUCACAUUCUGAGGUUGAAUGAAUUUACAGGAUUUGAUUUACAUGUUAGAAUUUGGAUGUACAGUGUAGUGAAUGUUGUUGAAUGCAUGUAUGUGCAAAAUGUAUUAUAAUUCUGCUUAAUAAAAUACAUAAAUGUU